GUCAGUGUCAAAAACUGUUCAUGAAUUGUUUACGUUGUUGAAAUUAUUAGCAUUUUUUAUGAUUUAUUCAUAAUAAACUGAUAAUGGGGAUAUUUACCUCCUGUUGUAAACCUUCAGCUACAGAGGUUUUAACUCCGGAUGCUGAAACCAGAAGACGUCAGCAAGCUGAGGCAGCUGAACGGCGUCAGGCAGAGAUAUCCUCACGAGGAGUAAAGGACCCCGCAAGGGUGCAGCGCAUGCAGCAGCGUGCCGAAGAGAUGGAGAAGCGUGAGAGAGAACUUGAGAAAGGAGGGGGAGCCAAUUUGAGGUGGACAUCUGAUUGAGUUUCAAUGCAGAUUCAUGGAUCCGAAACAUAAACAUGAUAAAUAAAUAUC